UCAUGCAAUUUACUCGCUCAAAUAGCAAUCCUCUUCGUCUUCACGUUCUCUCUUCUCUUCACAUUUAGCCCUCCGUUUUCUGCCACCAGUUACCGUUAGGUUUCCGUCCGCCCCCCUUUCCUUCCUUCAUUCAUCUCCGUCAAUCGGCCAAUUUCUCAAAUCCUUCAAAAAAAUUCUGCAUGGUGGGAUUCGUUUCCAGGUUAUAGAAUUGUUGCCUGAUUCAAUUUCGGUGAAUUUGAUUUUUUAUUUUCAUUUUAUUCGAAUAUUCUUCUGAGGGGUAGGUGUGGGGAUAUCGGGAUCUUGUAACGGUGGUGGCUAUCGUUCUCUUGUGACCGGAUCCAUUUUUGCUUCUUUUGAGGGGGUAGCCGGGGCUCCGGCCUCGGCGGGUGGUAAAGCCCCCAUCUGAUACAACAUCAUUCAAUUUUCCGAUUUUUGUUAUACCUAAUACUUUUUAGAGAUUUCAAUUCUUUGAUUCUUUUGUUUCUCCCCCAACCCAUCAAAAAGCAUAAUCAGAUCCUAGAUCCGGAGCGAAGAUGCCUGCCCUAUCUUGCUGCGUUGACGCCGCCGUUCCGCCGCCUAGCCCCUACGCCUUCGCCGGCUGGGAUACCACCCUCCCCGCUCCUCUAUCGCCAACAACCGCCGUUAACGGCGCCGCCUGGUCACCCGACCACUCGGCGUUGCUGUACCGCGUGGACGGUUGGGGCGCGCCUUACUUCACCGUUAACUCUAACGGCAACGUUGCCGUCCGUCCUUACGGCGCCGAUACCCUGGCCCACGAGGAAAUCGAUCUGCUCAAGGUCGUGAAAAAGGCGUCCGAUCCGAAAACUUCGGGCGGGCUCGGGCUUCAGCUCCCCCUCGUUGUCCGGUUCCCUGACGUCCUAAAAAACCGGCUCGAGUCACUCCAAUCCUCCUUCGAAUUCGCCGUUCAAAGCCAAGGGUACCAGUCUCACUACCAGGGCGUUUACCCAGUGAAGUGCAACCAGGACAAAUUCGUGGUGGAGGACAUCGUGAAAUUCGGGUCGGGCUUCCGGUUCGGGCUGGAAGCCGGAUCCAAACCCGAACUCCUCCUAGCCAUGAGCUGCCUCUGCAACGGCAGCCCCGACGCCCUUCUGAUAUGCAACGGAUUCAAAGAUGUGGAAUACAUAUCCCUCGCUUUAGUCGCGAGAAAGCUACAGCUGAACACCGUCAUUGUUCUCGAGCAAGAGGAGGAGCUCGACAUCGUCAUCAACGUCAGCGAGAAGCUCGGUAUCCGGCCGGUUAUCGGCCUCCGUGCAAAGCUGAGGACCAAGCACUCCGGCCACUUCGGUUCGACUUCCGGCGAAAAGGGCAAAUUCGGCCUCACAACAAUGCAGAUCCUCCGCGUUGUCAAGAAACUGCAGCAAUACGAAAUGCUCGACUGCCUCCAGCUCCUCCAUUUCCACAUCGGAUCUCAAAUCCCGUCGACUUCUCUGUUAGCCGACGGUGUAUCCGAAGCAGCCCAGAUCUAUUCUGAACUAGUCCGCCUUGGUGCUGGUAUGAGAGUCAUUGACAUUGGCGGUGGACUUGGAAUCGAUUACGAUGGAUCAAAAUCUCAAGAUUCCGAUGUGUCCGUUGCGUAUACUCUCCAAGAGUAUGCUUCUGCUGUUGUCGAAUCAAUUCGAUUGGUCUGCGAUCGUAAAGGAGUGAGCCAUCCUAUAAUCUGCAGUGAAAGCGGCCGUGCGAUUGUUUCGCACCACUCCAUUUUAGUGUUCCAAGCUGUUUCUGCAAGCUCCCAUGAUUCUUCUCCACCUGCUCUAUCCGUUGGCCUUCAGUAUUUCGUCGAACAAUUGGCGGACGAAGCUUUAAUCGAUUACCAGAAUUUGUCCGCAGCUGCUAUUCGUGGCGAACACGAAACGUGUUUGCUGUAUGCAGAUAAGCUGAAGCAGCGAUGCGUUGAACAGUUCAAAGAAGGGUCUCUAGGAAUCGAACAGCUUGCCGCAGUUGAUGACCUUUGUGAGGUGGUGUCGAAAGCAGUCGGUGUACCUGAUCCAAUUCACACUUAUCAUGUGAAUGUAUCCGUUUUCACUUCGAUCCCCGAUUUUUGGGGUAUUCAGCAGCUUUUUCCGAUUCUACCCAUCCACAGGCUCGACGAAACCCCUUCGGUUAGGGGUAUUUUGUCCGACUUGACUUGCGACAGUGACGGGAAAAUAGAUAAGUUCAUCGGUGGAGAAUCGAGCUUGCCCCUGCAUAAAUUGGAAGGCAAUGGUGGCGGUGAGUGUGCGCCGUAUUAUCUGGGGAUGUUCUUGGGAGGUGCGUACGAGGAGGCGUUGGGUGGGGUCCACAAUUUGUUCGGUGGGCCGAGUGUUGUUAGGGUUUCACAGAGCGACGGGCCCCACAGCUUUGCGGUGACUAGGGCUAUGCCCGGCCCGUCUUGUGGGGAUGUGUUGAGGGUGAUGCACCACGAGCCGGAGCUCAUGUUUCAGACGCUCAAGCAUCGGGUGGAGGAAUAUGCUGAUGAUGGUGAUGUUAAGAGCAAUGUGUCGAUUAUUAAUGGCCUUGCUUCUUGUUUUAAUAAUAUGCCUUACUUGGCGGCGGCGGAAACUUGCCGCCUGACUACUGCUGGCAGCGGCGGUGGCGGCGGCAACUAUUGCGAUGAUGACAGCAUUGCGUCGUCUGAUGGUGCUGAGGAUGAGCAGUGGUCGUAUCUGCAGUGGAUCUAAGUUCGUGGAUCGUUGAUGAGGUGUCUUUUAUUAUUAUUAUAAUAAUCAUAAUUAAUAUGUUGUUUAAUUUUCGACUAUGUUGUUUAAUUUUCGUAUUAUUAUUAUUAUUAUUAAUGAUGAACAAAAAAAUUGUAGGAAGCAAGUAGUUUUGAGUGGUGUCUUUCUUUUUAGUAUUGUGUGGAGAAAGUAGGGCUGCUUGCUUAAUCAGUCAAGUUGUUGCUCGAAAUUCAUGCUUGCUUUGUGUAAUUGUAUUUUUCAAUGCCCAUCUUAUUUGACUUAUUUAGACUUUUUGUUUUA